UGGAAUGAAAACCUGCAGCCACACGGCCCUUUACUGGAUCAGUUUGACACAUAUGUACUAGACACAGUCUUCUCUACACCAACAGGAUUUGUGUUAACAUACCGCUGUGUUUAGCUGAAGAGGUUUGGACUGGUGUAGAAAGGCUGGUGUUGGUCCACUGUAUCUCCUUCAGCUCAGGGUUGACCUGGUCCACCUCUCUUUCUGGCUUAUUCCUCAUUCACUUGCAUCCGGUCAUGAGACUGUGUUAGACCGGGAAACAAAAUCUUCUUCCAUGUGCUGUCAGUGGAGGCCUCAACAGAAAUAUUCCUGGAGUAUAACAAAGCCACUCUUUGUAGGAAGAAAUGUUGCUGCUGCACUCAAGUUCCAGCUUCACCACAUGACCCGUGAAGUACUGCCCUUUUAAACCAUCCAAGGGCAGAUCAAGCCGACAUUCAGAAGACGACCACACGCUCGACCACAUCUUGGACAGAGGCCUGAUCCACGUCAGUAUGGACCUUAGAUUCCUGUUUAUAGCUUCGGCUCUCCUGCUGGGGGCCACGCUCACCAUCUCACAGGAAGACAGCACCUCACAGUGCAAAAUCAAAUGGUUGUUCAACAUCUCGUGCGAAACUGUCUUUGAAAAGGUGGUGAGCCAGAUCAAGGCCUGGCAGAUCAUGCAGAGCUGCCUAUACGCAGGAGAGAAGUGCUCGUAUGAGCUCGUGUCGACGGCUCCUUACGUGAUCACCGCCACGCACACGUCUCCAACCACCAGGAAAGUGAGCGACCUUCAGUUCCUCCUCGAGCAGUCCACCAUCUGCAAAAUGAGUGGAGAGGCCAUAUCCGAGUUCUCCAAAGAUCCGGCUGAUAACGGCACAAACUACUGCAGCCUCCAGAAUCUGAUGGAUGGGAGUGACCUGAUCCACGCUGAGGGGUACAAACAGUUCAGCAACAAGUGGAUCUGUCCUGGGUUUGAUACCGCCAACUGCACCUUAUCUUAGGUGAAGAGGACUGGUUCUCAGCAGUGUGUUUUCUUCUUCUAUUCCUAUGUGUGUCAUUAAGAGUUCUGUGCAUUUGUGUGGAUUUAUAGUUGAAAAGUUGAAAAAGAAAUGCUUGUAAUUGCAGUUUUGAAUGAUUCAAGUCAACUUUUUUGUCUUUGAAAAACAGUUGUUGGUUUUAAAGGAGGCGUAUUAUGCUCAUUUUCCGGUUCAUAAUUUAAUUUGAGAUAGAAAAAAACAGUCACAUCAUGUUUUCUCAUGCUGUCCAGUGCAUGUACAUCAAAUGUACAUCAAGAAUUGAAUAGCAGGAUGCAUUCAAAACCAUGCAGUUCAACUAACUCUGUGUGGGUAUAUAACUAACAGACACCACACUGAAGAUAAUUAGUUCUCACUCAUUAGAAUCAGUUACUGUUGUUGUUUUUACACCAUGACCGUGAUUCUGCUUCACUCAAACAUCAUGUUCGUCAUCGACUGUGACUCGCUCAUCACUAUGACUGGGCCUGUGGAAACGAUUGUUCUGUAUCACAUAAAGUUAACAGAUCCUUCUGACAGACAUAACAUUGACAAAAAAAACAAAGAGAGACAAUUAAGCAGACAAGAUAUUACCUGAAUUGGUGUGAACAGUUAAACAAUCCUUUGAAAUGCCAACA